CGGCCACUGUUGUUAAUGACAGACUUCCAGGUAAACAAGCACAUACGGCGUGGUUUUGAACUCGGACAAAAAGAACAUUACACAACGAGCAACAAUGCUUCUCCAAAAUCGAGCUGCCAUUUCACUUGGGCUUCGCAUGUUCUCCACACAUGUGACAACAGGACCAGUGUUUGACACAGGAAGACUCAGUUCAGACAUGACUGAAUUCCGCAAGGCUUUUUCCAAAGCCAAGCACAUAGCAAUCAUCACUGGGGCUGGUGUGAGUGCAGAGUGUGGAGUACCAACUUUCAGGGGAGAAAAUGAAAAGUGGAGAAAGUGGCAGUCUCAGGACCUAGCCACUCCAGAAGCCUUCUCUCGUACCCCGUCUCGGGUCUGGGAGUUCUACCAUUACAGAAGAGAGCUUGUGUUGGACAAGAAACCCAGUGCUGUCCAUUUUGCCAUAGCGGAGUGUGAAGCCCGUCUGAAGAAGCAGGGGCGCUCUGUGGUCGUUAUCACGCAGUGCAUAGACGAUUUUCACCGACAGGCCGGGUCCAAAGAGGUGCUCAAGAUUCACGGCAGUCUGAUGGAGACACGCUGUGUGAGUUGUGGGCAAGUGACCGUGAACAAGCGAAGCCCCAUAUGUGCUGCCUUAAAGGGCAAAGGCGCACCUGGCCCAGAUGUUCCUGAUGCACUGAUUCCUGUGGAUAAACUACCAAGGUGUGACGAAAGAGACUGCCACGGUCUGUUGCGGCCCAAUGUGGUGUUUUUUGGGGAGACUCUGGACUCUCAUAUCCUGACCAAGGUGGAAAAAGAAAUGGAAAUCUGUGAUCUUUGUUUGGUGGUGGGCACAUCUUCUAUCGUUUACCCAGCAGCCAUGUUUGGACCCCGGAUUGCAUCCAGAGGCGUUCCAGUGGCAGAGUUUAACAUGAGCACAACACCGAAAACUGAAUAUUUUACGUACCAUUUCCAGGGUCCAUGUGGAACUACACUGCCUCAAGCUUUGGCUCAGCAUGAGUCAGAGGUUUUUUAAGAGCCACCAGGCUAAUCUUUUAGACAUCAGUCUGGUUUCUUAUACAGUCUCAUGCAAUCCAAAGCUGAAGGAUUUCAUCACAGUUUUCCAAGUUUUUGUCUAAAAAUCGGUUUAGUUGUUAAUUCUUGGUAGAGGGAGAAUUGUAAAUAAUUUAGCUUUAUACAUUUUUUUUGUGAUGGAUCUCCUAAUACUUGAAUAUCUAGCUCACUAACUGGAAUCAGGCUGGAAUAGUUUUUUGUCUUUUACUUGUUAUGGAGCUUGAUAGAAGAAGGAGAUUGUACUAUGCAUGUAGUUUGUAUAGGAAAAUAUCUUCUUCAAUUUUAGAUCCAACGUUGGCAGGAGGUUGUGACAUUUUUAGUAACAUGCUUUAAAUGAUGCUAUAGAACAGAAUGUGUUACUUCUUGUGCCAAUGGAUGGUAUUCCUCUUUAUAUCCAAUGAACAGAUAAAGAGACAUAAUCUUGUGCCUUUCCAAACAAUUUACACAAUUUUGACCAAAAGCUUGUUUUAAAACCUUAAGUGCAAAAUAACAAAUGUUGCAGAGAUUUAGUCAAGUAUUAGUUUGCUUAAGGGUAGAGGGUAAAUCCGCAUAAUAUAGUGGCGCUGAUGUUGUGCGGUUUCACUGUGGAAUAUGUCGGUCAGGUUACAUGUCAUGUAUUAUUCAUGAUGCAUUUGAAACAUUUCUAUAUCUUUUACUGUCUUCUAAAAAUGUGUAUGUAUUACUAUGAGGAUGGAAGUUGUCAAAAAUGAAAAUGAUGAUCUUCAGACAAUAUCUCAUAUAUUCCAUUACUGCUCCUUAUGCAUUUAUUCAAAACUUAGUUAUUAAAGCAUUACAUGGAAACAUG